AUGUCCACUACGGAAGAAGGACCGACCCAAAAUCGCGUACCCAAAGAUACCCUCGUAUUCAGCGAGGAGGACCUCAAGGCCAUGAUAGAAGCGCACAACGAUGCGCUAGUGAUCUUGUUUCUCUUAAACAACACCAGGAUAAAGCGCAUGCUCAUGGAUCCAGGCAGCUCGGCCAACAUAAUCAGAUCAGAAGUAGUAGAACAGCUGGGGCUGCUCAAUCAAGUCGUUCCCUUCCCUCGAAUCCUCCAUGGCAUCAACAUGACCGGCAAAGUAACGAAAAGAGAGAUCACCCUCCUGAUCAUCACAUCUGGCACGAUCCAGAACACUGAGUUUCAGGUCUUCGAUGGCGACAUGAGGUACAACGCCUUACUCGGCAGGCCUUGGAUACACAGCAUGAGGGCAGUGCCCCCAACCUUACACCAGGUGAUAAGGUUUCCCAUGAGGGAUGGCAUCACGACAAUACAUGGAAAAAAGUGGGCAGCGAAAGGAAUGUUUGCGGUCCACCAUGAGGCGCCAACCCCCACAUUCCCCGUCUCGAACGAGGAGGGAAGCAUACAAACCCUUGAAGACGACGAGGAAGAUUUCUUUGCCCCCCGUACCUUUGUCGCCCCCGAGGAAUUGGAUGUAAUCAAAUCAACAGUCGAAGAGCUAGAGUAG